AUGAAUUUUGUGGAUUUAUUUAAUUAUUAUCACUUUUUCUUUUCAUUUUUUUUCUUUUUUUUACUUAUCUUUCCGGUCCUUUUCUAUUCGUCAGAUUCGUUCUAUUCUUUUCUAUUUGUUGUAUUCGUUCUAUUCUUUUCUAUUCCUUCUAUUCGUCAGAUUCGUUCUAUUCUUUUCUAUUCCUUCUAUUCUUUUUAUUCGUCAGAUUCUUUCUUCUGUUCUAUUCUUUUCUAUCUAUUCAUUUCUAUUCGUUUUACAGAUUCGUUCUAUUCGUUCUAUUCUUUUGUAUUCGUGCUAUUCGCUCCUUUCGUUUUAUCUAUUCUUUUCUAUUGUUCCAUUCAUUUUAUACUUUUCUAUUCCUUUUAUUUUUUCUAUUCGUUCUAUUCUUUUUAUUCGUCAGAUUCGUUCUAUUCUUUUCUAUAUGUUCUAAUCAUUCUAUUCUUUUAUAUUUGUUCUAUUCAUUCUAUCCGUUCUACUCUUAUCUAUUCGAUCUAUUCAUUCUAUUCAUAUAUUCGUUCUAUUCUUUUCUAUUCUUUUCCAUUUGUUCUAUUCCCCCAAUUGUUUUCUAUUCGUUCUAUUCGUCAGAUUCGUUCUAUUCUUUUCUAUUCAUCCUAUUCGUUUUAUUCAGUAGAUUUGUUUUAUUCCUUCUGUUCUUUUUUUAUUUCUUCUGUUCGUUCUUUUCUUUCCUAUUCGUUCUAUUCGUUUUAUUCGGCAGCUUCGUCCCAUUCGUCCUAUUCGUUCUAUUCUUUUCAGUUCGCUAUAUUGGUUUUAUUCUCUUCUAUCCGUUUUUAUUCUUUUCUAUUCGUUCUAUUCUUUUCUAAUUGUUCUAUUCUUUUUAUUCGUCAGAUUCGUUCUAUCUUUUCUAUAUGUUCUACGUAUUCUUUUCUAUUCGUUCUAUCCAUUCUAUUCGUUCCAUUCUUUUCUAUUUGUCCUAUUCUUUCUAUUCGUUAG